GCAAAGAGGAGGGAAAUUUAAAAAGUCCGGACAGGAGUCGGAAAGAAUCGGUUAGCUGACAUAGAAACAGUUUUAACAACUUUAAACACAAAGCGGUCUGAAGAUUAUAUUAAAUAUUAAAUAUUAAAUAUUAAAUGUAAACACAUGAGCUGAAACGAGUCUCGACCUCAGGAUGGAGUCUCGUUACGAUCAGAUUUUAGACUCGCCCUCCAAAAACAGCUACAUUGGGAGCUAUUACCAGCCUCCGGACAGGAUACUGUCAGUACCCAGACAGCUGGAGCUCCCUGCACACUCCCCCAUCAGCAUGGAUCCACAGACGAGCAGCCCUCAGGGGUCUCAGACCAAACCUAAUAUUGACAGCAAAGCUGUUGUUGACGCACUGAAGACCCUGCAGCAGAAAAUCAGACGACUGGAGCUGGAGAGGAAGCAAGCAGAGAAGAGCUACCACCAGUUCUCCCAUGAAGCUCAGGCUCAUCAGCAGAUCACAGCAUCUUAUACAAUGCACAGUCAGCCAGCAGCCAGCCUGCCGGAGACAGAUAACACUGACAGGAAAGAGCUGGACUUGAAGCUGCAGUCUGCAGAGUCUCGGUGUAAGGUUCUUGAGAAGCAGCUGGACUACAUGAGGAGGAUGGUUGAAAACGCUAAGAAGGAGAGGAAUGCUCUCAUGGAGGAUCAGGCCUCACUGCAGAACCAGCAGCCAAGCAGCUCAAACACCCAGUCUCAGCGCGAGAAGCUGGAAAAACUUGAAUCGGAGUGUCUCAAAUUGAGCAGGACCCAAACUCUGGCAGAGAGGAAGCUUGCCUUUCUGGAGCAAAAACUACUGAAAGAAGAGCACGAACGUCAACUUGUGCAGGAGAAAGCAGACAAACUGCAGAAAGAGCUGGACAUCAACUUUCGAAUGUCUGUCCAAACUACUGAGGACAUCAAGCCAAAGAAGAAAACAAAAAAGAGCAUAAAGAAAACCCCCAGACAGAACGAGCUGGCAUCACCAAGCACCCCGAGGCACAAAAAAAUGCCUUUUGUUGCUGGAACAUCGACGAGCCCGAGCCAUUCAGUCCACGCCAACAUACAAAGUAUACUUCACAUGAUGAAGCACCAUCAGCCCCAGCUGUGUGAACGAGUGAGCGCUCUGCAGAGAUCUGGUUGUGGAGCCAAGAAAAGCCUCCAAAAGGACUUUUCUCAAUCUUCCACUACUUUUCACAAUCCGGACAGGGAGCCCAAACGAGCAGAUCAGUCACUGGGCUCGCUGUCUGAUCUGCUCCUGGCUCUGCAGGACGAGCUUGGACAAAUGAGCUUUGAGCAUCAGGAGUUGGUGGCUCAGAUAGAUGCAACCCAACAUCGCGACCAGAAGCAGGAUCUGCAGAGAGAACUUGAGAGGUUGGUCGCCAGGAUGGAAGAGAAGGGAGUUCAGAUCACCAAACUCCGCAAACACCAGCAGACGGUCCAUCAGUUGUGCCAGAGCCAGCCACGUGCCGAGGAACACAAAGCCAAGAAGCCGAGCGGGAUCAAGCCACCUGCUCCUUCUCCUGUUAAGCCCAAGCAGAAAGGAAAGAAAGGUGGGACCACCCACAACAACCUGCAGCUUCUCAGAGAGACCCAGAAGUUGAGGAACAGCCUAAAACAGGACGACCUCUCCUGGGAAACAUGAGGUUUUCUCUGAAAGAACUUUCUGUGUGCAGGCUUUGAUACCACAGCUGGUUGAAGCACAAGACUCCCCUUGGCUCCUUGCAGCCUGCUUUCUCCUCUCUUCAGAUGGCCUCUGGGACAUUUUUAGUAACAAAUGAAAAGAGGGAAUAAAGUGUUUUUUGUGUUUUACACAGGACUUGAUAAUGUGUUACUCAGACAACCUAUUAAGCAAUUUGUGAUUGACUUAAAUAAAAUCUUGCACAUACAGGGUCCUUUAGUAGGUAGAGGGUGUUUAGUUACAAACUUGGACCUUAUAUCUCAUCUCAAAUGAAGCUGGAGUAAUCUAUUUUUAAUAUUUAACAUUUUUAAAUAAAGGGUAUUCUCUCUA